UCAGUGGGAACUAAACAGAAGGACUGUAGCGAUGGCGGAGGAGGAGGUCAACUAUGCUUCAGUUGUUUUCAAAACUAAGAAGCAUUCCCCAUCUGAAGCCCAGUCGUCAAUUGUAUGGCUGGAUCUGUAUGUGAUCAUCCUCUUCAUGUGAUUUCUUGCACUGGUAUUUUCUUCAGUAAAACUGCUAAUAAGGAGGAGGAAACUGUGUACAGUGAUGUGAAGGUGCGAAGCAAAACAACCGAAAAGACUGCUGACACAAACACAGGACUUUUGCCAGACAAGAAAACAAACAGCAGAGGUCGCUGCUAUCAGCAGGUGGCUUGUUGUUUGGGGAUUCUUUGUGUCAUUUUGCUGUUGGGCAUCAUAGCAGUCUGUGUCUACAAAAACCAGAUCCUGACAACACGAAACCAGGAGCUGGAGACACAGAACCAGGAUCUGGAGUCACAGAGGAACAACUUAACAGAACAAAUACAAAACAAGUGGAAUGAGCUCAACGUCAGUCGAGCUCAGUGGAGCAUUGAUGCCUACUGCCCAAAACCAGAAAACCAAAACAGACAGUGUAAAGCUUGUCAGGAUGGUUGGAUACUCUCAGAAUCCAGCUGCUAUGGGAUUAAUAACCCUGAUGUUCCUGGUCAGAAAACCUGGGAAGAAGCUCGAGAAAACUGCAGAGGAAAGAUUUCAGAUCUGGUUGUUAAACUUGAUCAAAAGGAGAAGGUAAUGAGAACACUGAACAUUUUUAUGACAGCCUAUAUGAAAUGAAAAUGUAUUUUCUGUCUGAACACACUGAGUCU